CCCCCCUCCUCUUCCCAAUCCAGGCAAAAGCUUUUCAUGAGAACAUCUGGAGCCGCUCCGCCCUCCCUCCAUCCUCAGGACUCUCGCCCGCCCCGGGGAUUAAAUGGUGUGAGGUCGCCAUGGCAACCCCAGGAUGUGAGAACCGCCGCUCAGCGUAGACACCGCACCGACUGACAAUAGUCCGUUCAGGCGCACACCCACCUCUGCCGCACACCAGGGUGGGCUGCCGGAAACCCCCGCGUACGACAGGGAAGACCGACGCCUCGCCCAGUCGCAGUGUUGGGAGAGAGCCGGGUUCGGUGAGCUGUGAUCGCCGCCUCUCAUGAUGUCACCAUGGCCGUUGUUCCCUCACUGGCUGGCACUGCUAUUGGUCAGCGUUGUGCCCCCCUCAGCCGGCGAGGUGCUGCCCAGGAUUGUAUUCCAGCACGGUGAUCCGGCCCGGUCGGUGAGCUCCUUCAGUCGGUUUGGUGUGCAGAACUACGAUCAGCUCCUGCUGGCUGACAACAAGGAGACGCUCUAUGUGGGCGCCCGAGAGAACAUCUUGGAGCUGAGCACUCGGGACCCCGGGAAUCUCCGGCUCCUCCGAGAGCACCUCUACGUCUGCGGGACCAACGCCUUCAGCCCCAGCUGCACCUACGUGAAUUUGGACACCUUCACUUUGCCAACCAACAGCAACAACGAGACUCUGGCCCUCGAUGGCAAGGGGCAGUCGCCCUUCGACCCUCAACAUAAACAUACGGAGAUCGUAGUGGGUGAGUAUAGGCGAUGGAAUAAUGUGCGAGGGAACGAUCCCAUCAUCUACAGGACGCUCGGCAACCGAACUCCGCUGAAGACGGACGCCUCCCUGGGAUGGCUGCACUCUGACACCGCCUUCGCGGGAUCUUUUUACAUCCCUGCCCCUGACUCUGGCGGGAAGGUCUACUUCUUCUUCGCUGAAACAGGCAAAGAGUUUGACUUCUUUGACAAGCUUAUGGUUCCCCGCGUGGCCCGAGUCUGCAAGGACGAUGUCGGAGGAGAUAAAAUCUUACAGAAGAAAUGGACCACCUUCCUGAAAGCACAGCUCGUCUGUUCCCACGCCAACAACUUUCCCUUCAAUGUCCUGCAUCACGUAGCGAUCCUCAACUCGCAGGACCCCGAGCACAGCGUGUUCUACGGCGUCUUCAGCUCGCAGUGGCAGUCAAGCGGCUCCAGCAGUUCCGCCAUUUGCUCCUUCAAGCUCGCGGACAUCGAGGCGGCUUUCAAUGGCAACUACAAGGAGCAAAACAAAGAGAGCUCAAAGUGGACCAGAUACAAUGGACACGUGUCCAAUCCGCGGCCGGGCAGUUGCUCAUCGGGGAAGUUCUCAGACACAGUGCUCAAUUUCAUGAAAGACCACUACCUGAUGGACGACAAGGUUUACCCAGUCGGCAAAAAUCCACUCCUGAUCCAACGGAGCGCCAACUACACCCACAUCGCCAUAGAUUCUGUGCCAGCACUAUCGGGAGGCAAUUACACCGUGAUGUACCUGGGCACAGACAAGGGUGCGUUGCACAAGGUGGUCCUUGUCAAGGAUGGCACAGAGUCGCAUAUUAUUGAAGAGCUGAGGCUGCUGAAAGAGCCGGAGCCCAUUAAAACUCUUCUGCUGGAACCAAGCAAGAAGAUCCUGUACGUGGGCACGACGGACGGCAUCCUCCAGGUGCCCGUGGCCAAUUGUAGCGUAUACAGAACCUGCUUCGAGUGCGUCCUGGCCCGAGACCCGUACUGCGCCUGGAACAAGAAUGACAAUCAAUGUCAGAGCCUCCCGGCCAAUCCCAGUACUGCAGAAUGGCUACAAGAUAUCGAGAUGGGCAACCCGAACACCACGUGCUUAAGCCCCCCACCAAAAGGCAGAUCGCCGCGACCAGGCCAGGACUUGGACAACCCGCCGCUGCGAGCUGAAAACUUCACGGCUCCUUACAACACCAUCCUGAAUCUGGAGUGUCCACAGAUGUCGUUGCUCGCCACCUACAGCUGGAAGAGCCAUAGCCGCCAAGCCGGGAACCAGAUCGUCACCUCCAAGGACAGCUUGGUUGUCAUUGUGAGCGGCAGCACGCUGGGCUCAUACGAGUGCUGGGCCGACGAGAAUGGAUUCAAGUACAAAGUGGCCCAGUACUGGGUCAAGGACCCCAGCGGUGGGCACGGGGACAACGGUGUAUCCUUCAGCACGGACGAGCCCGACUACUACAAACCCUUUGUGGCGGUGACGGUGCUGUUGGCGCUGACGCUGAGCGGUUGCGUGUUCCUGAUCCUCUACAACAGCCUGGACAAGAUCAAGGCCAACCGGAAGGUCCAGGGCUGCAGCACGCCGGAGACGGAGAAGCUGUCUGCCUCCAAACAGCCGGAGAACACCCCGCUCAACGGCUUCUACCAGAAUGCCAGGAACUUCGCCAAACCCUGCUGCGUGCCGAUUGGCGGGACCGACGGGAAAAUGGACUUGGACAACAACAGCGUCAACCUGAUGCCCAACGGUGGGAUGCCGGCCGAGGCUUCUUCGGACGUCUAAGCGGCGUUGGCCCCCAACUCUCGUCUUGGGACCAUUAUCAUUGACGCCGGCUUUGGGCUACCUCAA